AUGGAUUCACAAGCUGAACCCAAACUUGAAAUUUUCUUUUUCCCAUACAUUCUUGGUGGUCACUUGAUCCCCAUGAUAGAUUUAGCCAGACUCUUUGCAUCUCAUGGAGUGAAGGCCACCAUUGUCACAACCCCUCACAAUGUCCUCCUCUUUCAAAGCCCCAUCCUUAGAGACCAAAAAUUAGGCUACGAUAUUGGCUUCCACACUCUAAAUUUCCGAUCAGAAGAGUUUGGCCUACCAAAUGGUUGUGAAAAUGAGCUCACAACCACUAAUGGUGACAUGUUCAUCAAGCUCUUCAUGGCUGCUAUGAAGCUUCAAGACCCUCUUGGGAAGCUCCUUUGUGAGACCAGACCAGACUGUCUCGUCUCCGACAGGCUUUAUCCUUGGACAGCAGAUGUCACUGAUGGGCUUGGCAUUCCGCGGAUUGUGUUCGAUGGGAGUGGUUGCUUCUCUCAUUGCGUGGAAGAGAGCCUCAGACGCUACACACCGCAUGAGAGAGUUUUAUCUGAAACAGAGGCUUUUGUUGUGCCAGGCCUGCCCAACAAGAUUGAGCUGAAGAGGUCAAUGCUGCCAGAUUAUGUCAAAGCUGAAAAUGGCUUCACUCUGUUCCUCAAUGAGGCUCUGGAGGGUGAGAUUAAAAGCUAUGGGAUUGUGGUCAACAGCUUCUAUGAGUUGGAACAAGCUUAUGCUGAUUAUUUUCAAAAGGAGAUGAAGAGAAAAACAUGGCACAUAGGGCCAGUCUCAUUGCACAACAGAAGCAACAUUGACAAAGUUGAAAGAGGUAUUAAAACCUCCAUUGAUGAGCACAGUUGUUUGAAUUGGCUUGAUUCUAGAGAACCCAACUCUGUUCUUUACAUCAGCUUUGGAAGCAUGCCAAGGAUCACUUCAGCUCAGCUCUUGGAGAUUGCUCAUGGGCUUGAAGCCUCCAACCACCCUUUCAUUUGGGUGAUUGGGAGAAUUUUAGAUUAUUCAUCCAGAGAGAAGCAACAAGUAGAAAGUGUUCUGCUUCCUGUUGGGUUUGAAGAAAGAGUUACAAAAUCAAAAGGAGGGCUCAUAAUCAGAGGCUGGGCUCCUCAGCUUCUGAUUCUAGAACAUCCAGCAGUUGGGGCUUAUAUGAACCAUUGUGGAUGGAACUCAAUCAUUGAAGGUGUCACAGCUGGUGUGCCUAUGAUCACAUGGCCUUUCUCCUCUGAGCAAUUUUACAAUGAGAGAUUCAUUCUCAAUGUCAUAAGGGUAGGGAUUUCAAUGGGAAAUGAGCACUGGGUUCCAUUGACGGAGCUGCCUAGAGUGACCAUCAAGAGUGAGAAAGUAGCCAAAGUUGUGAAAAGACUAAUGGGCAGUGAAGAAGCUGAAGUUCUGGGCAUGAGAAAGAGAGCAGCUGAGUAUAGAGACAAAGCCAUGAGAGCUUUUGAAGAAGGUGGCUCUUCUUAUGCAAAUGUUGAUGCUUUCAUAGCUGAGCUCAAGUCUCGCCGGAAAAAUCAAAAUGGUCAUCUGUAA